AUGAACCUCGCAACGGCGUUAGCGGCGGAGAGACAUUACCGUCAGGAUACAACGGAGGAAACGGCAACCGAGACUGGGAGUUUAACGCCGUUAAGAGUAUCGUUAAUGAGAUUGCUUGAAGAAACGGCGGGGAAUGAAACGGAGAGAUUAACGGCGUCGAGUACGGUUAAUAACAAAGGUAAUGAUUCGGUGUGUUGCGUGUGCAUGGGAAGGAAUAAAGGAGCAGCGUUUAUCCCUUGUGGACACACUUUUUGCAGAGUUUGCUCUCGAGAGAUUUGGCUUAACCGAGGAUUGUGUCCCCUCUGUAACCGUCCGAUCAUCGAGAUCCUCGACAUUUAUUGA